UUCCCUCCCGCCAUUUUGGUUACCCGGACCAGUCGUUGCCUUGAAAUUUUCGCCUCUUCUCGAGCCGAAUUUCUCGUCUGCCGAGCCCGAAUCCCGUCAGAAAAGCCCGCCAAAAGAUGUCUGUGAUCGCCCUGCCCAGUCUGGAGGACAUGUUGGAGCUGUACGGAGCGCCAGUUCCCAUGGAGACCGAAUCAGACGACACUAUGAGUAUGAUACCGUGUCCGCCGCCUCCCAGUGAAGGGUGGGAGGCGGCGGAGUCUUGCUCCUUCUUGAAGUCGGGCCUCAAGCAGCGGGUUAAGCGUGAGCAGCGGGUUCGCAAGUCUUCUAAGAAGCACUGAGUCCGAGGCGCCAGGCCUCGCUGUCUGCACUGCACCACCCUGCUCCCCGCCGGGGCAGAAUGAGCCAGCCCACCAUGCAGUGCAGACAGAGGAGUGCCCCCGUGUGGGGCAGACAGGAAGUGCAGGCUGUUGCCAGAGACCCCUUUCCCCCCUGGCCGACCUUGAUAGCCUCCCUUCCCUCCAACAACUAGCAGUGCUGGCCCCCGAAGAUGUAUAUCAAGAAAUACAAGCAGCUUUGUUUGAGAACCCCAGAAUCCCACCGAAUGGAGACGUCCAAUCAGCACAACCCUUCACCGCAGUCAACUACUCAACUACUGAAUCAGCUGACCUUUCACCCUUGUCCCCCGACCUCAAUGACCUCCCCAUGGAUGCGCAGGACCUGUUUGGGUGCAACAACUCAUUCCUCCAACUAGGCGGAAAUUCGGUUCUAUUCGGCGCCGAUUUCUCUCCGUUUGACAAGUUUGAAGACAUUCCUACAGACAUGGACGCAGACACAACCGCAGAUCCUUUCAGUGAAGACCAGGAUGACAGCUCAGUUCUUGACCUUGGUACAGUUCUUGACAUUGACCCUGGCACGGAGGAGAAUGUGUGGAUGUUUAGCCAACGUCUGCUAUCGCCUCUGUCUUCCCCCUCCGAAAUUCAGCUCCCUCCAAACCACCCUUCAUCUCCAAUUGUCUCUCCCACUGCACCGCCUCCACCUUACAGCAUUGCUACACCCUGCCAACCUGAGGAGACACAGGCUAGAACAAAUGUUUCUUUAAGAAAUUGUGCCGGGCUGACGCUUCGGCAGUUGGUUUCUGCGCCACCAAACAAGCCCACCACCCCACAAGUUGUUGACCUCACAUCAGACUCGCAUGAGAGCCCAGUAGCCCCUCCGUUGGCUGCGGGAUCCCAGAGCCCCCUCUAUCCAACCCCUCCUAGCUCUGCCCAAGCCUCCCCACGGAAAAGCCCCCCUAACACCCCCUUCCACUUCCCGAGCGAGCGCAGUCCCCCCACCGAAAACUCAACCCCAUCCAACAUCCAGUCACAGACAGUUGAGAGCUUGGUCUCUGUAACUCCACAGUGCCAGUCCCCGGCUUCUGUUAGUAUCCUGUCUCCACCUGAUUCAGUACAAUCCAACAGUUCCUACACCUCCAGCCUGCCCCCCUCCCCAUCCACGUCAGUCUGUAGCCUCAGUUCUACAGAAGGGCUCAUCCAGAGAGCAGAGAACACUCUGACAAGCGCAGAGAUCAAGGCCAGAGACCAGGUCAAGAUGGCGGAAGUUCAGGCCAAAACGUCGCGGAAUUACCGACGGUCGCUCGCACGCUCACACGACCUGGACAAGCUGGCCGGAAAUCUGGAGCGCGAGAACGGAGAACUGAGGGAUAAGAUCCAGAGCCUGACGAGCGAGAUUGCGCUGGUUAGAAAGAACAUUGUGUUAGUGAUGGCUGGCAAGAUGCCUGUCAAGUAGUGCUGUGUUCUCUGGACUGGU